AUGUCAGCGGGCACCACAAAUCCGAACGAGACUGUCACGCGCGUGGAACACGAUGGCUACCUCGUCGAUGAAGUCGAUUACAUCGACCCGUCAGACCUGCAGUUCGACGACGACGACGUUUGGUUGUAUGUACCUCUACAAUGCUCAACUGGAUCUACAAUUCAGGAUAUAUAUGCCUGGCUGAAGGCAGAACCGGAAUUGGAUGUUCGAAAUAACAAAAAAUGCAUCGACACGAGAACAUUUACGAGACCUAAGAAACGAUCAGCUCGAAUGAGCUUUGAAUCGAUUUUCGAGGGACUACCGCCUUCUACAGCAGAUGUAGAGAAGUUGCAAGAUAUAGAUAUUACACACAUAGAAAAUGUGGAAAAAUAUUUACCUACAAUAAUUAGAGAUAAAGAAUCUGUGCCACCGAUCUUAAAGCCGUCUAUCAAAACGGCUAUAAAUAUCUUAUCCGACGAAAUCUCAGUAUCAUCAGGACAGGAAAGUAUGGAAGCUUUCCUAAACAUGUCACAAUCCAAAGGAAUAGAUUCGUUUAUAAAUUUAGGAGAACCCGAGUUCAGCGAUAUGUUGAUGAACGUAUCACAGCCUUCUAUUUUGAGUACAUCUGUUAUCUCAUCCACAAAUGAGUCCAUAUUUAUUAAAAACAACACACCAUUAGUAACAAAUAAAAAUACGGCUCAAAACAGCGACAUGGAAAAAAGCUCAAAUUCUGAUUAUAUUAAUAAUGAAACAUACGUGAUGAAAAACUCUGACAAAACAAUUACACAAGACACAAUUUAUUGCACAAAUACUCUAAGCAACAAUAGCAAAAAGUUUCUUCAACUUGAUAAAGCCUUGAACGAGACGUAUAAUGCCGAAGCUUUUAGUGGAACGUCAGCAAGAUCGAGUCUCGAUAAAGAAGAAGCCACUUCGUCUUCCACUUUUGUAGCUGAGCCUAAUGCUAAUACUACUUUUGUGCAAUUACAAAAUGAAGCAAGUAAUGGCAUUGAAUUAUUAGGUACUACAUAUCUAUCCUCAGCGAAAGGCGCCGAGAGACCAAAUUCACCUAUAUCGAUUGUUAACGAUACGUAUAUACCUACAAUGCACAUAAAUAAAGCAGAUUUAAAUGUAACAUGCAAUAUUCUGCCAGAUGAAAUCGAAUCUGUAACUUCUCUUCUCACACGUGAUACACUCGCGAAGGAAAGCGCUUUAGAUAUAUCUUUCAAGGUAUCUGCCUAUAAUCGAUCUACGCCGAUGAAUCCAAAUAUGCCGAACGCAACAUCGAAAUUUGCUACGAAACAUUUGGACCAACUGCAAUCAGCUGUGCAUCCCAUGUCAUUAAGGCGAGAAUUGCUAGCAGAGAUUCAACGAAGCGGCGAACGUAAGCUGGAUUCCACGUACAAUCAUAUCUCUAGCGAUCAUCUUGAUAUGAAAAAUACUAAGGAAAAUGUUCAUACAGCCUAUAACGAAAACGAGACUGACGGUUCUUCGACGAACAAAUACUACACGUACAAAAAGUCAGCGUUUACCAGAACGAUCAGUCAGUAUUCAAACCAGAAUGAAACUACUGUAACCGCUCAAAAGGAAUUGCCAAUGGACCAACGUAAAUUUUAUACUUUUACAAAAAAAAAUAACCCCAUCGAAAGAACUGAUAAUAUCGCUAGUGAGAACGUCGAGACUCAUCCAAGCAUGGAUAACACGUUUUGUAAACCCCAUUUUCCGAAAAUGCAACAAAAGAGAAACGUAACGAAGACGUUGUCAAAAUUGCCACAAUUUCUGCAGAAAUCCAAUCCCAAUCUUGUAUCGAGUUCGCUAAAAAAUGUCAGCGGUAUGCCUAUUGUUCGUACAGGUAUAUCCAGUAUAGGAUACAUUAAAGGCUCGCAACCCAAUAUUAAGCAAAAUAUCGCGAAAAAGUCGCAGCUACCGAGUAAAUUGCAUCCGUAUGGAAAGAUAAAGAGCGGCUCCGAACAACGGCUGCUCGAAGCCAAUGUGAAUACGAAUAAUCAGUUUCCAAUGGAGAGUGUGAUUGCUGGCUCAACAGAGAGCAUAGAGAGCACUCACAGCGUUCACAGCGCUCCCGACCUGGAUGACAGACUUAGUACAUGCUCUGACAGCAGUAAUCAUAAUUCGUACACCAAACAAACAAUGAAUAUCGAGCAAUUACAUAAAUUGGUGCGAAUGCAAGAAGAGAGUUUAAAGCAAGAUUCAUCGGUCAAACCGUACAGGCAAGUUUUAGAGAACACGUGGGUUGAAGCGAAAAAGGAUUUGCCUUCCCCAAUUUCGAAAAACGGGGUGCAACAUAGCGAGAUUGACAACCAUUCACUAAAUAAUGAUUUAAGUAUGAAAAGCAGCUCUCCGAUAAUGAGUCCUAUUGGGUCUAGUCACGCAUUAAACGAUGGAAAUGCCGAAGGUAACAUAGCAAAGACCAAGGAUGAAAUUGUAGUAAUUGAAAAAACAGAGGAUCCGAAUCAAGUAGUGCCUAAAAUUGAGAAUAAAACUCGGUUGAGACAACCGACCAAUUGGAGCACCGGAAGCAAGCCAGCUGCUGUGAUAAGCGGAAUUCCUAGACCCGCCUCGCGUAUACCGGCUUUCAGAUUUGUUCGGCCGAACGCGAAAACCACUCAAAUCGAUUUGAGAAAAAGAUGCACAUGAAAUCCCGAAUAAUAAAAGCAAAGAAAUACAAUAGCUUACAAAUAUUUAGUUUAACCACUAAUAUGGUAAU